GACCUACAACUUGCCCGGCAUCUCCGAGCUGAAGUGUAAGGAGAUCGAGACAGAGGUGGAGAUCCUUCUAACCGUGGACCACCCCAACCUCGCGCGAAUGGUCGACGCCUACGAGUCCAAGGAGUGCCUCACUUUGAUCAUGGAACUCCUGGAGGGCGGGGAGCUCUUUGACCGCAUCAUCGAAGCAGGGCACUUCACGGAGAGGGACGCGGCGGAAAAUGUCUGGCAGAUGCUGUUGGCCAUCCGAUACCUGCAUGGCCUUGGAAUUGUCCACCGGGACUUGAAGCUUGAGAAUUGGCUCUACGAGACCAAAGAAGGGCAAGAUCUGAAGCUCAUCGACUUCGGUCUGUCCAAGUUCUGGGAGCCCACCAAGAAGAUGCAAAUGCGAGUUGGAACGCUUGAUUACAUGGCGCCUGAGGUGCUGCACAGGAACUACACGUCCAAGUGUGACCUUUGGAGCUUGGGCGUCAUCGCCUACACCUUGCUGGUGGGUAGCUUCCCCUUUGCCGGCCGUGACGGGGACAGCGCCAUGCUGCAGCGCAUCGCCAGCGGCAGGUUCGCCCAAGAACGCGAUGCGUGGAUCGCAGCUUCGGCCCUGUCCAAGGACUUUGUGGAGAAGCUGCUGAUCGUGAACCCCGGGCUGCGGCUCUCGGCGGACCAGGCCUUAGAGCACGCCUGGAUCGCCGAGCGGGAGAAGAACGCCAAGAGCUAUGUGAACAAGGAGAUUGUGGAUGCACUGACCUCCUUCUCAGAGUCUUCGGCCUUCCGACGCGCUUGUUUGUCGGUGAUGGCCAUCUCCCUGUCCAACGAGGAGCGCGCGGAGGUGCACAAAGCCUUCCUGGAGAUCGACACGGAUCACAGCGGGCACAUCACCUUGAGCGAGCUGAGAAGUGUUUUGGAGGAGAAGUUCCACAUUGAAGAUGCCGCGGUCGCCAGGACCUUCCAGUCCUUGCAGUCGCCCAUGUCGCGUGAUGAGGUCAUCAACUACUCGGAUUUCCUGGCGGCCAUGAUGUCCACGCGCAUCGCGCUCCACGACGACAUGCUGCGCAGCGCCUUUGGGCGCUUCGACACUGACAACUCGGGCUACAUCACCAAGCAGAAGCUGCAGAUGAUGCUGGGAGACUCUCUGAGUGAGGAAGAACUGGAUGAGGUCAUGCGCGACGCAGAGCCUUGGACUCCAUCGCGUGGGGUCCACGGCCAGCGGGUGAGCUUUGUGACCAGAUGA